AUGCAGCAGACACAAGCGUGUUUGGAUGAGUGGCGCUAUAAGCACCGUCUACAAGAUGCAGCUUGUUUUAGCCGCGACUUGCAACGCGAAUUUCCAUUAGAUUUGCAGAAGCCACCGCUGGCUGCACAAGCAUUUAACACACGGUUUGCGGUGCGUCAAGACGCAAGCUGGUCUGGUUCAGACCAGCUUAGCUUAGACAAGUUUCGACGAAGGUUAGAAGAGUAUAAUUGCGAAGAAUACGGUCCGUCACCGAAAAAAAAACAAAAGAUUAUCUUUGAAAAAGUCGAUCACGUUCGCGAGCAGAUCAAGAGCAAUCAGGAUCUUUUAAGGAGGCUGCAAAGCAAACUUCGUGGUGAGAAAGAUCGCGUUCGGACGAAAAGUAUGUUUAUGGAUAGAAUCAAUCCAAUUGUGGGGCAUCACAAACCCUUUGAAAGGUCCAAAAUGGACAAGCUAGAGACGACAAAAAGUCCUGAUGAAGAAAAGAAGAACAAGUCUGUUGAGCCUGGCAACGGUGAUGACGAGAAUCUUGAAAAACAAUCAACGAUUGACAACAACUGUAACAAAAAUGAGGAAAGCAUUGUUGCGAAGUCUCGAAACGAAGAGAUUGCAGCGUUAGAAGAUAACCUACGAUCUCAGCACCUGUCGCGCACGUCCAAAGCCGACGAGCUCUUUUAUGCCCGUCUUGCAAGUCGGGAAUCAAACACAAUAUUGGAGGAGGUUCUAAUUGAAAGUCUGUACGAUAUUGUACCAAACGUUUUCAAACAAGAGGUGGAGAACUCGCGACACAAGGAGCUACCACCAGAGCUUCUUCAAAUUGUUGAAAAUGCGUUGCACGAAGGUUCUAUAGAGGAAGUUCUCGUUGAGAAAUAUAAUGUGACCAUUACGCGUCGGCAUUUGCAGUGCCUGUUGCCUACAACAUGGUUGAACGAUGAGGUGAUUAACUUUUACCUUCAAAUGAUGAGUGAGCGCGAUGAAGAACUGGUCAAGGCUGGUCAUUUGGCCAAGCGCAGUCACUUUUUCAAUUCAUUUUUCUAUACCAAGGUGUCAGAAAACGGCUACAAUUACAUUAAUGUCCGUAGAUGGACGAGGAAGAUAGAUGUGUUUGCCAUGGACAAGAUUUUCUUUCCAAUAAAUGUUGCCAAUAUGCACUGGUGCAUGGCUGUGAUCUUUAUGACGGAAAAACGCAUUCAGUACUACGAUUCCAUGCACGGAAGCGGUGCUUCGUGUCUCAAAGUGCUUUUAAGGUAUUUGCACGAUGAGUCAGAGCACAAAAGAAAAGAGAAAUUUAAUGAUGAAGGUUGGGAACUAGUGACCACCACAUUUGAUACGCCUCAACAGAAGAAUGGGUCCGACUGCGGUGUUUUCUCGUGUAUGUUCGCUGAUUACCUUUCUUUGAACAAGCCGUUAUCGUUCGUUCAGAAGGACAUUCCAUUUCAUCGACACCGAAUGGUACUUCAUGUUAGCCGAGGUUAUAUUCCGCUCGAGGAAGACGGGUUAUAG